GAGAGAGAGAGAGAGUUGAAGGAAGUGGGUUGGGAGGAGAGAGUGAAUAUAACCACCCACCUAAACGUCUGUCAGACCGGUGGUCAAAAAGCAGACACUUGUAGAAGAGGCAAAGACUGACAGAGCAGUAAAAAGAGUGUGAAACGAGAGAUUUCAGGACGGAGAGAGAGUUUGACAUUGAGAAGAGAACACGGAUACACAUCAGCCUCAGGACCAGACGGGUGAAUGGAUACGUUCUGCAGUCUCAGUGGACUUGACCCUCUAUGGGACUGGAAUCAGACGUGGUACACGCACAACCCUGAACUGAGCGACUGUUUCCAGAACACGAUUCUGGUUUGGGCUCCAUGCAUCUACCUGUGGCUCCUGUCACCGUUCUACUGUCUUCAUCUGUACUGUCACGGGCGCGCUCCAUUGCCUCUCUCUUCACUCUGUAGUGCCAAACUGUUGCUGGGCUUCUUCUUGGCCUCUUUUGGUUUCGUGGAAUUCUUCUACAUCCUGUUGGAACGACGACUUGAAAUCCAGCAACAUCUCGUCUUCCUGCUCAGUCCCAUCAUACGAAGUGUCACCGUGGUGUUAGCCGUGUGUGUGAUUCAUUGGGAGAGAGUUCGGGGAUGUCGAUCCUCAGCGUUCCUGUUCUUCUUUUGGCUGUUGGGCGUGCUCUGUUCUCUCAUCCCGCUUCAUGAGAAGAUCCAGCUGGCUGUGCAUCAGGGUCUCUCUCCGGAUAUCGUGCGGUACUUGGCCUUUUUCUUGUACUUUGGCCUGCAGUUGGCGCAGCUUUUCCUCAGCUGUUUCGCAGACCGGGCACCCUCAGGCAAAGCUGUCCUCAAGAAUGCAUGUCCUGUUGAAGACGCAUCGUUCUUGUCAAAGAUCCUCUUCUGGUGGUUCAGCGGGUUAGUUUUGAAGGGAUACCGCUCACCCCUGCAAGCAGAAGAUCUGUGGAGUCUGAGGGAAGAGGACACGUCUGAGAAGAUCAUAUCUGACCUGGAGGAAGAAUGGGCAGCGGAACGCACUAAACUACAGCAACGAGAAAAACACCUCAGCACCAGCGUUGCCUUGGGAUCCCGACUACCGGAGCAGGCGCAGCUUCUCAGAAAGAUCCAGAAAGAGCAGAGCUCCGGGUUCUGCCUUCUGCGGACGCUGGCGCGAAGCUUCGGGCCGUACUUCUUGACCGGGACGCUGUGCCUCGUGGUCCACGAUGCCUUCAUGUUCGCCGUUCCACAGGUUCUGAGUCUGUUGUUGGGCUUUAUGAAGGAUGAGGACGCUCCGCUGUGGAAGGGUUAUUUCUACGCCUCGCUGAUGUUUCUAUUGUCCUGCCUUCAGUCCGUCUUCAAUCAUCAGUACACAUACACCUGCUUUACUGUGGGCAUGAGGGUUAAAACUGCUGUCAUGGGACUCAUCUACAGAAAGUCUCUUGUCCUGAACAGCACAGCUCGCAGGACGUGUACCGUAGGAGAGAUUGUGAAUCUGGUGUCGGCUGAUACUCAGAAGUUGAUGGAUUUUGUGGUGUAUUUUAAUGCCGUGUGGCUGGCACCCAUUGAGGUGACGCUCUGUCUCUUCUUUCUGUGGCAGCAUUUGGGACCAUCGGCUCUAGCAGGCAUCACCACGGUCAUCUUUAUCUUCCCUCUCAACGGGUUCAUCGCGCGGAAGAGAAGCAAACUCCAGGAGAUACAGAUGAAGUACAUGGAUGGACGGGUGAAGUUAAUGAACGAGAUUCUCAACGGUAUUAAGAUCCUGAAGUUCUACGCCUGGGAAAAAGCUUUUCUGGAGCAGGUGCUGGGAUACAGAGAGAAAGAGCUCAAAACUCUGAAGAAAUCGCAGAUCUUGUACUCCGUGUCCAUCGCUUCUUUCAACUCCUCAUCUUUCUUGAUUGCUUUCGCCAUGUUCGGAGUGUAUGUGCUCAUCGAUGACAAGAAUGUUCUGGAUGCUCAGAAAAUCUUCGUGUCGAUGGCUCUCAUCAACAUCUUGAAGACUCCUCUAAGUCAGCUUCCGUUUGCCAUGAGCACGAGCAUGCAGGCUGUGGUAUCACUCAAGCGGCUGGGGAAGUUUCUCUGUCAAGCUGAACUCAAACCAGAAAAUGUGUCGAGAGAAACGUUUCAUUCCGACCGAGAUGGUGUCGUGUUUGAGAACGGAACCUUCAGCUGGUCUAAAGACGGUCCUCUAUGUUUGAAAAGAAUCAGUGUUCAGGUUCCUUGCGGUUCGCUGGUUGCUGUCGUCGGUCAUGUGGGCAGUGGCAAAUCCUCGCUGCUUUCUGCCAUGCUCGGAGAGACUGAGAAAAGAAGCGGGACUGUAUCAGUCAGGGGCACCAUUGCUUACGUUCCUCAGCAAGCUUGGAUCCAGAACGCAAGUCUGCAGGACAACAUUCUGUUUGGACGUGAAAAGAAGGAAAGCUGGUACCAGCGAGUCCUGGAGGCGUGUGCUCUUCUGCCGGAUCUAGACAACCUGCCCGCCGGAGACGCCACUGAGAUCGGAGAGAAGGGUCUGAACUUGUCUGGAGGUCAGAAACAGCGGGUGAGUCUGGCUCGUGCUGUUUACAGGAAAGCUGACGUCUAUCUGCUGGAUGAUCCUCUGUCUGCUGUAGAUGCUCAUGUGGGUCAGCACAUCUUUAAUAAAGUCAUUGGACCCAAAGGCAUACUGAGAGACAAGACGCGGGUUUUGGUGACUCACGGGAUGAGCUUUCUGCCUCAAGCGGAUCUGAUUCUGGUUCUGGUAGAUGGGGAGAUCACAGAGCGAGGAUCGUAUCAAGAGCUUCUGAACAGAAACGGAGCUUUCGCUGACUUCAUUCACACGUUCGCAAACUCGGAAAGAAAAGAGUGCCUUACAGAAGCCUUCCAGAGAGGUUCCAGAAAGUCUUUAAGGUUAAGUGUUACUGACUUCAUGCCGUUCUCUCUAGAUCUAUCUCAAGAGCAGCUCAUUGGUGGAGACACAAACAGCAUCACGAUGCAGAGCGUCGAGCCGUUACCUGAUUCUGAUGAAGAUCAAAUCCCAGAAGACCUCGGCAAACUCACCAAAGUUGAUAAAGCACGCAUAGGCAGAGUCAAACUUGAGAUGUACGUUGAGUAUUUCCGCACCAUUGGCUUGCCGUUGAUCGUUUCUAUCGUAUUCCUGUACGCCAUCCAACAAGCGGCAUCUCUGUCUUAUAACUACUGGUUGAGUUUAUGGGCCGAUCAGCCUGUCAUCAAUGGAACCCAGUUAAACACAGAUAUGAAACUGGGAGUCUACGGAGCUCUCGGCUUUGUGCAAGGAAUCGCUAUAUUUGGUACCACGGUUGCCAUCUCUCUAGGGUGCAUCAUCGCCUCCCAUCAUCUUCAUCUGGAUCUUCUCAAUAACGUUCUUCACUCGCCCAUGUCGUUCUUUGAGUCCACGCCUAGCGGGAACCUCCUCAAUCGCUUUGCUAAGGAAAUCGAUGCUAUAGACAACAUGAUCCCCGACGGGCUGAAGAUGAUGCUCAGUUACUUCUUUAAACUCAUGGAAGUCUGUAUCAUCGUGUUGAUGGCCACUCCAUUCGCAGCGGUCAUCAUGCUCCCUAUGGCAUUCAUCUAUGCAUUCAUGCAGAGUUUCUACGUGGCCACGUCGUGCCAGCUGCGUCGUCUGGAGUCUGUGAGUCGCUCUCCCAUCUACACACAUUUGAAUGAGACGGUGCAGGGUGCCAGCGUCAUCCGGGCGUUCAGCGAGCAGUCACGCUUCAUCACGGACGCCAAUCACAGGGUGGAUCAAAACCAAACGGCUUACUUUCCCCGAUUUGUUGCCACGAGGUGGCUGGGUGUGAAUCUGGAGUUUCUGGGCAACGGCAUUGUUCUGGCUGCUUCUAGUUUCUCUGUGAUGGCCAAAGGAACGCUGAGCCCCGGGAUGGUGGGUCUGGCCGUGUCACAUUCACUUCAGGUGACAGGUUUUCUCAGCUGGAUCGUGAGGUCGUGGACGGAUUUCGAGAACAACAUCGUGUCGGUUGAGCGAGUGAAAGAAUACGCAGACACACCGAAAGAGGCGUCUUGGACCAUAGAAGGAAGUUCUUUACCUUCAUCUUGGCCUCAGACCGGAACUAUUGAGUUUCACGAUUAUGGCCUUCAGUAUCGUAAAGGUCUAGAACUGGCCCUGAAGGGCAUCUCUGUCCGCAUCCAAGAGCGAGAGAAGAUUGGUAUUGUGGGAAGAACCGGUGCAGGAAAAUCUUCUUUGGCUCUUGGAAUUUUCCGGAUCUUGGAGGCAGCGAAAGGAAAGAUCUACAUUGACGGAAUCAAUAUAUCAGAACUCGGGCUUCACGAUCUGAGAUCCCGCAUUACCAUCAUUCCUCAGGACCCAGUGCUGUUCUCUGGAUCUCUCCGUAUGAACCUCGACCCCUUCAAUGUGUAUUCUGAAGAGGAGGUGUGGAACGCCCUGGAACUGGCCCACCUUAAGAACUUUGUGUCUGGACUUCCAGAUAAACUCAACUAUGAGUGCUCAGAGGGAGGAGAAAAUCUCAGUCUUGGUCAGAGGCAGCUGGUUUGCCUCGCGAGAGCUCUUCUCCGAAAGACAAAGAUUCUGGUGUUGGAUGAAGCGACGGCCGCACUGGACCUGGAGACAGACACCCUGAUCCAGUCCACCAUCCGCAGUCAGUUUGCGGAUUGUGCUGUUCUUACCAUAGCACAUCGCCUCAACACCAUCAUGGAUUACACAAAAGUAAUUGUUAUGGAUAAAGGACAUAUCGUGGAGAUGGAUUCCCCCACUAACCUGAUCGCGAGCAGAGGUCCGUUUUACUACAUGUGUCGUGAAGCCUGCGUCCUGUAAGCGCGUGCGCUGCCGUUGACUGUCCUCUGGCGCCCCCGUGAGGCGAGAGCGAAGAAUGUGAUGAUCUCAGUGCAGUGCACUCACAUGAGAACAUAUCGGACAACUGGUGCUUCACAUGGGGAUAAAAAAUAACCGAAGACUUGAAGUAUUGGUUCCCACACACCAGCAAAUAAAGACAUUUUAAGCUAAUACGUAAACACAGAUUUACGGCCUUCAUCAAGGGCACAAAAAAAUCAUUCUCUCAGAAGAUACAGACUGGUGCUUUCUACUUGCUUUCUUUGGUUAUAGAAUAGAAAGGUGUAGCUGACGGACCUGACCUGUAAAUUUCCCAUCUAACACACACAAGAAAAACGUGUUUGUUCUGCCUGUCUGUCAGCAUCUUUGAAUGUGAAAAAUACAUUUGGUUUGAGAGGAAAAUUGAUGAUUCUAUAAACUCUAGUAGUUGUACAUAAUUCUCUUCAGACAGUCAAUUACUGGGAUUGUUUGAGAGAAAUGUUUACCAACAUACUUGACCUGAAAUUCCCUGGAAAAUACCAGACAGCCUUUCAGACACUAAUUAAAGUUUUACAAGAGAAGAGAAAAACACUGCAUUCACCCAAAUAGGUGGUGAUGCUUGUUCCUUUCAGCCAAAGUAAACAUGUAAAAUGAGCAAUAACAGCUGGAUGAAAGAACAUGUACACAUUAUACAAUACUGUCAUACUGCUGAAUUAUUCCGAUUUUGUAUAUAAAGAAAAUAUUGUUCUCAUCACCGUUCUGAAGGCAAGAGUUUUAUUUAGCGGUUCUGCCCUUCAGGUGUUUUUGUAUAAACACACUUUACAAGUGGACAUGAAAAGAAGUAACUGCGUGCCUUUGUGACUUCAAAAAUUUAUUUAUACGUUUUCUAUUUAAUCUUUGACACUUAAUUGUUUGUAUGUUUCUACAUGUACGUUUAUAAUUGUAUAAAGAAAAUCUCGUAAAGAAUUCAUCAUUGUGCUUACAUCAGGCCCUAAGAUGUCACAAAAUAACUACCAAACAAACAUCAUACACACGGCCCAGACAUGACAAGAUCAUCUGCAAAAAACUGAGUACCAAACUAUAUUUAUUGUUUACAGUAGUAAAGGACAACAAAAAAUGUACAAAUCAGUACAGAAGGAUGCCAACAUCUGGAAAUCUUUUAAGUCGACCUUUAAAAGCCUCUCUGGUGGGCUAGAGAUGUUUUAAAGAGAUUACACCAGGCCUUACGAGAGACGAACAACAUCUCCGCUACAAAGCCGGAAAAGAUUCCCUUUAGUUUUACUUCAAGACCUGGCAACAGUUUGGGGGUGAUUUAAAAAAUAAAACAAACAGACAUUGGUAUUCUUACAUCCUUCGCGCCUACUCAAGCGAGACACGAGGAAAUGAGAAUAGUAGGUGGAUUUUUCUACACACAUUUAAAAGUAUAAACUAGUGGGGUAUAGCGUUGUCUAAAUGCUCUAACUGGAGUACCUUUGGGGUUUGGUCCAGAAGGUGUCAUUAGAAAUUGUGUCAUGAAGUCAAGUCUCUUAAACGGCCAAUAAGAAUAGACCCCACCCCAAGCCCACCCAUGCAGUGAGAAGCAGCCUCGUUAAAAAGGCAGAUGAAUACAACACUGGUUGAAUAUUUCUACAACAUACAAAGAGAAUCAGAGUUGAAACAGCCCUACUUAAAGCUCUCAAGGAUUGGAGAAAAAGAAAACAGCUUCCCCUUCGUUUAAAAGGGCAAAGUAACUAUGGGGGUCAACUGUUGCCGGUUUGAUCAGCCG